UUUUAACUGUGGUUAUCUUCUCAGACUUAAUCAUGUCUCAGGUGGAGAAGAAGGCAGGGCUGCUGAGGAGGACAUCAUCCUCUAAAAAGCCCUUGAAAGAGAAGGUGGUCCUCAUGUAUGAUGAGAUUUUUGCAAAAGAAGACCCAGCAAAAAAUAACCCUCGUUUCUGGGAUGAGCUGUUUCUUAUGAAGGUGAACCUAGAGUACCUGGAGUCAAAGUUGGAGAGUGUGGAUGGGGAGGACGUCCAGCGCAUUCAUGACAACAUCAACUCUCUGUUUCACCACUGCGUUCAGGCUCUGGGAGAGGAGCACCAGAUCAAAGUGGUCAAUGCCCUGCAGACUCUCUGCGCACUUUUCCGAGGGGUCCACCAGAAGAACAAGUCGGCGUCUGGGUUUGAUAUUAUCAACAUGCUCAUGGGGUUUGAUAAGGCUGAGCAAAGGAUGAAGGACCUGAUGGAGAGACUGGACAGCCUUCUCUGUGGAGACAGCUCAGAGAGUCUCAAGAGCCUUUGCCUCAAACUGUUGCUGUGUUUGGUGACGGUAACAGACAACAUUAGCCAGAACACUAUACUAGAAUAUGUGAUGAUCAAUAGCAUCUUUGAAGCCAUUCUUCAGAUUCUGUCAGAUGCAUCCAGCAGAGGGCAGCAUGGUUAUGAUGCUGUGGUGCUUCUGGCUCUCCUGGUGAACUACAGAAAAUAUGAGUCUGUGAAUCCAUAUAUUGUAAAGCUCUCCAUUGUGGAUGAUGAACCAACACUAGAUGGAAUGGGUAUGGUUGUCCACCAAGCUCUGACAGAAUAUAACAGGCAGUACAAAGACAAAGAGGAGGAGAACCAGGGUGGCUUCUUCUCUACCCUCACUAGUAUGGUGGGCAGCAUGUUUAUAGCAGAUGCUGACGAGAAGCUCUCCGUACAGACAAAUGAGGCGAUUCUGCUGGCGCUCUAUGAGGCUGUGCAUCUCAACCGCAACUUCAUCACUGUCUUAGCACAGAGCCAUCCCGAGAUCGACAUUGCCGCCACACCUACCACCACUACUCCAACCACCCCUACGACGCCACUUGGCACAACGCCGCCCUCCCUUGACAUGAUGAGCAACCCAGAACUGCCUCUGGAUCCUAACCUGCAGACCAGCAACCUUCUCAUCACCUUCCUCAAGUAUGCUUCCAUUGUAAUGCAGGAUACAAAAGAUGAGCACCGACUCAACAGCGCCAGACUGUGCCUGAUUAUUCUCACCUGCAUAGCCGAGGACCAGUAUGCUGAUGCCUUUCUUCAUGAUGACAAUAUGAACUUCAGAGUCAGUCUCCAUCGAAUGCCUAUGAGGCACAGGAAAAAAGCAGUGGACAAGAACAUCCCGUCGCGGCCGCUGGUGUGUGCUGUUCUAGAUCUGAUGGUGGAGUUUAUUGUUACUCACAUGAUGAAGGAUUUCCCCAUGGAUUUAUACCUGCGCUGUGUGCAGAUCAUCCACAAACUCCUUUGUUACCAAAAGAAAUGUAGAAUCAGAUUACACUACACCUGGAGAGAGCUUUGGUCAGCUCUCAUCAACCUGCUGAAGUUCCUGCUGUCAAAUGAGACCACACUGCUGGCCAAGCACAACAUCUUUCAUCUGGCCUUGCUGGUAGUAAACCUGUUCAACAUGUUCAUAACUUACGGCGACACAUUCCUGCCCACCUCCAACAGCUACGACGAGCUGUACUACGAAAUCGUACGGAUGCAUCAGGUCUUCGACAACCUCUACUGCAUGGUUUUGAGAGUUUCAACUAACACAGGCCAGUGGAAGGAGGCAGCCAGUAAAGUCACGCAUGCCCUUGUCAAUGUUCGGGCCAUAAUCAACCACUUCAACCCCAAGAUUGAGUCAUACGCUGCAGUGAACCACAUCUCUCAGCUGUCAGAAGAGCAGGUAAACACUUUGCAUGACUAAAAGUUGCAUGUGAAUAAAAUUGAACUUCCAUGUCGUCUCGGGGCCGUUUGGGCUGAA